AUGACUGGAGUUGUUUGUAAUAUUUGUAAUAUUCAAUUCGCAGAACUGGAUAUUCCUAUCAAAUGCGAUAGUUGUACUCUAUCUGCUCAUUCUAAAUGUACGGGACUCUCUGCAACUGAAGUUAAGUGUCUUUCUUUAAAAAAUAGGUCUCUUAAAUAUUUUUGUGAUAGCUGUGAUCAAGAUCUUAAAGAAUUACCGGAAUUGAAGCUGUUGAUAAAAAAAUUACUAGUUGAAGUGGAAAAUUUGAAAAAUAUGAAUUUUAAUUCUGAUUCCGGUUAUACGUCAUCUGUACAUUUUUCUAAUGAAUUUAUUUUUAAUGAAAUUAAUGAGCGUAAUCGCUGCGCUAAUAAUUUAUUAUUCUAUAAUAUUGAAGAAUGUGAUUCUAACCGGUUGGAUGAUCGUAUUUCAUUUGACCUGGUACAAAUAAAUAACGUCAUUAAAACUAUUUUGGUUGAAACAUCUAUUAUUCCUAAGAAAGUUAUUCAUAUCGGUCGUUCGCAAGCGGGAAAACCACGUCCAAUUAAAGUCAUCUUUGAUUCUAAGUCUGAUGUAUUUGACAUUAUUAAGAAUAAACGCAAGUUAUCACAAUGCAAUUCAUCACUUUCAUCGAUUAAUAUAAGUACUGAUCGGACCCUGUAUCAAAGAGAGACUAUGAAGAAAUUACGCGAGGAAUUAAAUCAACGAACUUCAAAAGGUGAAAUGGAUUUAACGAUCAAGUUCGUUAAUGGUGUCCCAAAUAUUGUUAAAAAAUCGGAAGUCAUCUCUACUCAUUCUCAACCUCAACAAUCUCAAAAUUUUUUAAAAUAA